UGAGCUGUGUAGUGCCCCAGCAGCCACAUAUAGCGAACCAGGAGAGCCCAAACUGCAGCAGCGCGUUUCUACCUUUCGUUCGCACCGUCAUGUCACGCGUUGCCUGAGUUUUAUGACGUUCUAAAUAGAACAGAGCCUAAACCAUAAGAAUAAGUCAGAAAGAAUUCUCGUUCGGGCCUCGUGCGACAAAAUUUGUCGCGUCUGUGCCGCUGUUUCAUCGUGACCUGCCGACACCUUUUGACAGCUACAGAGAGGGCCAGUUACGUGCUCUGGCUGACGUGAGGUGCUCUUUAGCGCAUCGGCGAUGGAUGCCCUCAAGGCCCUCGCGUCCAAGCUGAAGAAGGAGGCCCAGGAUGUCGCGGGGCCAAACAAAUAUGUAAAACGAUCAGCUCUGGAGGAGGCGCGGUUGCAGAAGGUUCGAGACGAGGAGGCGAAGGAGCGGGAGGAGAAGGAGCGCAAACGCAAGCUGCAGCGCAGUGAGGAUGACGCCCAAGCCGCCAAGGUGGCAAAGAAUGACGAGUCACCGCCCGACAGCCCCACGGUCCUGACCAGGGAGGAAGUCAUUCGGCGGCUAAGGGCGCUGGGCCAGCCCGUAACACUGUUCGCAGAGUCGGAUUUUGACCGGCUGAAGCGCAUGCGCAAAGCGGAGCAGGAGAUGACGGUCAACAUGGACGAGGACGUGACGGGCGUGGCAGGCAAGGGCAACACGCUCAUUGAGCUACAGCGGAUGCAGCAGGAGCGGGCUCGCCUCAAAGCGCUUGGGGGCAAAGCAGGCGGCAAGGCGGGCGAAGGCGGCGCCGGAGGCAAGGGCGGCGACGGGUCGUCGGGGGCUGGUGGAGGCGACAAGGCAGAUAAAGACAAGGCGGACGGCGGUGAGGGCGAGGGCGAGGAGGCGGAGGACGCCACGCUGGCCGCCUUCAAACGAGCGGCGGCGCUGCUGGCUGAGAAGCGCAAGGAGGAGGCGAUGGCAGUGGAGGACCGCAUCUGCAAGUACGUGCAGCAGUGGAUGAAGGAGUGGGAGGAGGACCUGGACCGCAGGCCGGACGCCAUGAAGGACAGCAUCUCGGGCAUCAACUCCACCUACGCUUUCGAGCAGACCAAGCGCAACCUUGUGCCGCUGUACGACCGGCUGAAGCACCGGCAGAUCAGCGACGAGCUGCUGACGGGGCUGUGGAUGAUGGUGCAGGCCAUGCGCAGCCGCAACUACCUACAUGCCAACGACAUCUACCUGAAGCUGGCCAUCGGCAACGCGCCCUGGCCAAUUGGUGUGACCAGCGUGGGCAUCCACGAGCGCUCCGCGCGCGAGAAAAUUAGUCACGUGAUGAACAGCACUAGCCACGCGCACAUCAUGAACGACGAGGCCACGCGCAAGUACUUCCAGGGCAUGAAGCGGCUGGUCACCAUCGUGCAGCGGCUCUACCCCACCGACCCCUCCCGCUCCGUGGACUACGACCCCGUGCCCGACAUGGGCAAGGGCAUGCUGGGCGCCGGCUGCCCCAAGCUGGCGUACGUGGAGGCGGAGCGCAAGGGCGAGCUGCCGCUGGCGCUGCCGGAGGCCCCGCACUUCCAGGACAAGGACGGCUCGGUGCGUGUGCCCGAGAAGUGGAGCUACAUCCUGAACCGCUUCCGGGAGAGCAGCCCCAGCCUGCGGAUCGGGCAGGAGGACGAGGAGGGCGGCAGGGAGGGUGCGCCGGCACCGGGCGCGGGUGGUGGAGGCAAGGGCGGCGGUGGUGGAAAGAAGCACUAAAUGGGAGCGGCGCGUGUCGGGCACGGGGAGGGAGGUGGUGCAGGGCGGGUUGUAGAUACGGUGGUAGGGGCGUGGGGCGAGCCUGACACAUCCGUAUGCAGCUGUCAUAAACAGGUUGCAGGUUAUAGUUGCUGGGGCAACGACACUUGGUUUGCAGGACACUGGUGCGUGUGCCCGGCGGUUUGGUGUGCUGCUCUUGGCUCGCUGUAGUGUCGUCUGUGCGACUGUUGCUGUCUGUGGUGUUAGCCCCAUGGGUCCCCGACUUCCUGAAUGUUGUGCAGAAGUGUUACCAGCUUGGGUUGGUGCACGGGGCAGUCGUAGUACUCCAGUGUGAGUGCAUGUACAACGCCAUUCAGCCCAGAUGGCCAGUUGCCGAGAUUCAUCUGAAUGGAUUUGGGCUGCAUGCGCUUUCAAGCGAACUGCUUCCGCCAGGCGGAUGUGGCAGAGGAAGUACGCUCUUUGCAGGCAAACGCAGGUGCAUACAUAGCAUGUGUCAAGCGUCUGGACAAGAGGUGAAGAGGCUGAGCAGCCUCAUGCAGCCAAGUGUGGAGUGCACCGCCCGGUGCCAGCUGGUGCCAGCGCACCGCCUGGUUGUGAGGCGGGCGGCGCAGUGUUAUUGAGAAGUGUCUGCAACCUGUUCGCCUAUU